AUACUCUUUUGCAAUUACCCCAAACAAAACACACUCGUCUUCCUUGUCUCCUCAAAAACCCUAAAUCCCAAUAAUAUCUCCGUCCACGAUCACGCCGGAGAGAAAUGCUUGCGAAAGCAGCAAGAGAGCUUUCUUCAUCGAAGCUUAAACCUUUAUUCGCUCUUUCUCUCUCCUCCUUGAAAUCUUCCACAUGGACUGAAACAAACACUUCCAAUAGAUCGAAAUCACCAUUCCUCCUUCUCCUUCCGCGUUACUCUUCAACUAAUGUUCCGCCGCUUACCCGAGAUGGGAACUACAGCGAUGCCACUUCAGCCACCGUCUCCGUUUGCCCAGGCUGCGGAGUUCAUAUGCAGAACUCGAAUCCCAAACAUCCAGGUUUCUUCAUCCGACCAUCGAUCGAGAAACAGAACAGCGGUUCGGUUCUUCGUAACCUCGUACCAAUCUCACAGGAGCCCGAGAUCACCAAUUCAAUCAAACAUGGGCUUCUCGUUGAACCAAACAGUUCCGACAUAAGCCCUAAAGACGAUGAAACAGGAAGACCCUUGGUCUGCGCGAGGUGUCAUUCACUCAGACACUACGGGAGAGUUAAAGAUCCAACGGUGGAGAAUCUACUUCCGGAUUUCGAUUUCGAUCAUACGGUGGGAAGACGAUUAGGUUCCGCUUCCGGUGCUCGAACCGUCGUUCUGAUGGUCGUCGACGCUUCAGAUUUCGACGGGUCAUUCCCAAAGAGAGUCGCGAAGCUCGUGUCGAGAACCAUCGAUGAGAACAACACAGCGUGGAAAGAAGGGAGGUCAGGUAACGUCCCUAGAGUCGUCGUCGUGGUGACUAAGAUCGAUUUACUACCGAGCUCCUUGUCUCCGACGAGGUUUGAGCAAUGGGUGAGACAAAGAGCUCGCGAGGGAGGGUUAAGCAAGAUCACGAAGCUGCAUUUCGUUAGCCCUGUGAAGAACUGGGGGAUCAAGGAUAUGGUGGAAGACGUGGCGGCCAUGGCUGGGAAGAGAGGACAGGUCUGGGCUGUUGGGUCCCAGAACGCCGGGAAGAGCACUCUGAUCAACGCCGUUGGGAAGGUGUUUGGCGGGAAAGUUUGGCACUUGACGGAGGCUCCGGUGCCAGGAACGACUUUGGGGAUCGUCAGGGUGGAAGGUGUUUUGCCUUUUGAGGCGAAGCUCUUUGAUACUCCAGGGUUGCUGAAUCCGCAUCAGAUCACGACUAGGCUCACGAGAGAGGAGCAGAAACUUGUUCAGAUCAGCAAGGAGCUUAAGCCUAGGACUUACAGGAUCAAGGAAGGUUAUACGGUUCAUAUCGGUGGGCUAAUGAGACUUGACAUUGAUGAGUCUUCCGUAGAUUCUAUGUAUGUAACAGUAUGGGCGUCUUCUUCUGUUCCCCUUCACAUGGGGAAGAAGGAGAAUGCAUACAAAACACUUGAGGAACACUUCGGUUCUCGAUUGCAGCCGCCGAUUGGGGAGAAGAGGGUUGAAGAGAUGGGGAAAUGGGUGAGGAAGGAGUUCCGAGUGAGUGGGAGCAGUUGGGACGCAAGUUCAGUGGAUAUUGCUGUUUCGGGUCUCGGUUGGUUUGCUAUAGGGCUCAAAGGAAACGCGGUAUUAGGUGUGUGGACUCACGAAGGGAUUGAUGUCUUUCUCCGUGACUCAUUGGUUCCACAACGAGCGCGCACUUUCGAAGACUCUGGUUUCACUGUCUCGAAGAUCGUUGCCAAAGCUGAUAGAGAUUUUAAUAUAAAUCACAAGGAGAAACGGAGACUCAACAAGAAGUCCACUUCUUCAGAUUCUGUGUCGGACAUAGAAAAUUGCCAAGAGGUGUCCUUGUAGUAAAGUCACAGCCUUUCAGAUCUAAGGUUUGCUUGUUUGAGUCCAUAUUGGGCCGGAAUGUUGAAUCGACGGGUAAACAAGAGAGUUACCUUCCCCUCGACUCACUUGAUGCAUCAGGAUGAUGCCAUCUGUACAAAGGACGUUUGUAAGAACUAAGAACUGAGUGAAUAGAAAUCAAGAAAGUUCUUCAUUGUCCUCCAGGUUUUGGUUCUAUUCUAUUAUCAAAACAAACAUUUAUAUUUUUCUGUAGAAAAACAAAAUUUUAAAACGCAAGAACACAUAAAAGGAUGAUCAAUGAUGCAACGUCCUUGAUGAAACAUAUGUAAACAUUCAGGCAUCUUAAUGAUGUUUCCAUACAAACUGAACAUGCUGUCGCUUUUUUUUUCUUCUUCUUCCAAAUCAAUUGAUUUCCACUCUCUGUUUGUCCACCAGUCUUUGUAACACAUGAUCAGAAGCAGAUCUUUACGAAACAAAUAACAGACGGCCGUAAUAAAAACCAAACCUUUCUGAUCAACAAGACGUGGACCAACAAGGGAGCUGUAAAUGGACGAGUCGAUCUCGGAUCAGCCAGAAAUGAGAUGGAACUAUGCAAUUUGGUGGGGAAAUGAAGAAUGAGAGUGAUGAAGAUGAUCCAGAGCUGGAAAUGACUAUGGAAGGACAUUUUGUUCGACCAAAUGAGAGCAAAAAACAUCAUAGAUGCAUCAAAAGAAACUUGGAACGGGAAGAUGGACGAAAUGGGCUAUCGACGGGAUUAAUGGAGUUUAUCGA